AGAGAAACAAUGUUCUAAAUUUUUUCAUAUGACCAAAACAGAAAUACUCGGCAUAGAAAUACUAAAGGCAAAAUAAAUAAGCAGCUGUUUGUUGUCUGCUAAUAUAUAUUGUGUUUAAAAUCGUAGACGAUAUUAAAUGGCAGGUGCAAUUCAGACUAAACUCACUAAAGUAUUUUGCAAAUUAUACAGCAACAGUUAUACCGAGUUCAGUCUCUUGUAAUAGUGAUAUGUUCUCCGGCUCUUUAUUGAAUUUCUUUUUCCUCGGAAUGCUGUCAAUGGAAUGUCUUCGCCCAAGUACAGCUCGCAGAAAACUAAUCAUUAUAACUGGUCGUUCAAACUCAACAUUUACAGCGAUAACUCAAGCUGAUCCUGAAGAAUAUCGUAUACAAGAGCACAAUGAAACCGAACAAUGGAUAAAUAUGACGAAAGAAAGCACGAAGAAAAUACAGAGACGUGAAAGAGGGGCCGAAUUGUAGCCUUGUUUCAUCACUUUCGUGAGUUCAUUCUGUGGUUAUAGCAGCCGGUACUCAGGAUCGAGUCAUUCUUCUUCAAUAUGUGUGCCAUAGUUUAUGUAUAAAAACAGGAUAAAGGUUCAGCCGGUCAAGCUCAAAUUAAAUGUCAAUGUUAAGUAUUUAAAUACAAAUAAUACAUGUCGGAAUUUCAUAGAUGAAGUUGUCGAGAAAUGGCAAAUGGCACCAGACUGUCAGACUAGGUACCUGUAACCACGGUACACAUUGUUGUUGAUACUUCGGAUUCUGUUCAUUUUUAUAAUACGACUACCAUGACAAAUAAUAUAUUAUUUGUCGAUGUCUGCCUGAUGUGACGGUUUCAAAGAACGUAUGAUCAAGAAAUUGUUGAUUAUGGCAUUGCAUGUCAUUGAUGAUUUUCAGUUAGAUUAAGUUUUAAAAAUAGUAUUUUGUAAAACUGAUGGUAUAUUCAACUAUGUUUUCAAAUUGUGAUUUAUUUCAAAGUGGGCUUCGCAUGUUCCUUGGGUUUUUAGGAUAUUCUUGUUCUUAGGAUUUUGUUGUGACCAGCACCCGUAAACCGAGCGAGCGAAGAGCACAUGAUAAAUUUUUAAUGAAAACAAUACAAAUGCUUUGGAUUCAUUGCUGCAUGGUUGGUGAGCUUAAUUUAUGGUGGAUGGUGUAACUUGAUUGGGUCUGCCAACUAAGGAAGAACACAGGAGAAAGACUCCCAUCAAGCACUCCACUUAAACGAGUUCUGUACAACAUCAGAUCUUUAAAUUGCCUCAUAUUCAAGAACAUGUACUACCUGCACUUGUCAACUUUGAGAGAAUACAGGAGAAACUUAUCAUCAUAAUUUUACAAGGGCUCUUCAUGGAAAGAUGCGCGCUGGUGCACUGGAAAUGAUCUAAUCAUAAUUUUUUUAAUCAGUUCAUCAACGUAGAACGAUCAGGCCUAAGAUAAUUAAUGAUAUAAUUGUGGCAUUCCGCUAGCCUCAUUAGAAGUUAAUAGAAAGAAAUACAAAACAAAUAGCGGUAUGGAAAUAACCUAGCCUCGCGUUGCCCUGGCCUUGUGUUAUAAAUUUCAUUCAUUUUAAAAGUUGCCACAGUGCAAAGGUGAGUAGUUGUUGAGAAGUCUUCAAGAAAGACCUUACUAUGCUAAAUUAUCAUUUCGCGGUCAGUAUCACAUCUCUUUGAUUGGGUCAUUUUGAAGGAUGGAAAAAAAUAAACAAUAACAACAAGUGCUAUAUGCGAAGAGCCAUGUGAUCGUGACAGCUAUAGUGAAUAUAAAUCUUUCGUUUUCAUCGAUGCUAGAAAGCAGAUCAAGUGUGUCUUCUCUCAACCUCGUAGUUUUAACUCGCUUUUAUGGUUUUUACACCGAGAAGAAGGCGACUAUUUCGUGCGAUUUUCGCUGCAUUCGUCUUCACUGGAUUCGUACUCAUUUUGAAACAGUGGAAUUUGGAUUUAUACGACAACUUUGAUGAAUCAACAUUUCUCCCAGAUAUUGCAAAGCAUAGUCGCAAUUCCUUAGAUGAUGGUUACACAGAAAGAAGCAGAAGAGAGGAUAUAAAUAUCUCUAAGGUGCUAGUUAUUAAUGGAAAGACACAAACUCCUGUUUUGAACCUAAAUGUUGUGAAACAGUCAAACAUAACAUGGAUUCAACAUCCUUGGGUGCCAUCUUUACGUGGCUUUCUUAAUGUACAUGUGUGGCUGGACUGGUGUGGUAGUACCAUUAAUGAUCUCAGACGGAAUAUUCAUUUUCCUAAGUACCCUGAUGUAAGACUGAAAACAAAUCUAUUUUAUCUCAGUCAUGAUGCUCAUAAUUUUGGUCAGAGAGUGUUUGGGUUUCUUCAUCCGCCCAAAACAGGGCACUACAGGUUUGGGAUAUCUUCGGACGAUUCAUCAGAGCUGUGGUUAAGUUCCGACGACGACCCGAGGAACUCCCGACUGAUAGCUUGGGUUGGCAAUCUCAGCGACCCAUUUUGGCAAGAGAUUGUUGGAGAUGGAGAAUUCACUAAAUAUGAAUCUCAGAUCUCAGCUGAGAUAUUCUUACGACGAAAUCGGCGAUACUUUGUGGAAGCCUUGCAUAAACAGUCAACGUCCAGUGACCAUUUGCUAGUCGCCUGGAAAAUUCCACAUUUCAUGAACUUCAGCUACAUCACGCGUGGACGAGUCUCGCAGUAUAUUCAUCCGCACGAACUACAUAACCUGGACGUCACUCGUUAUGCACGGCACAUACCUAUCACUCCAGCCGUACUUCAGAAACCUUUGACUCUCGAAAAACUUAGAAAGCAUAUUUUGCGAGGUUCGUCUAACGUACAUGAGAACUCCGAGACACAAGUCGACCCGAUUGGGAAAAUUGGUCGAUUUGAGAGUUCCAGAAAAAAGGAUAUUCAUGGUACAGAUAUUUUCGAAACAGACAAAAAUACCAGUCACUUCAGAACAAAACAAGCAAAUAAAAGUAUCCAUAUUUAUAAAGAACAUGUAAGGAAUGAUAUUAGUCUGAAUGUCAGUGAUUUAACUCAGUCAUUUGCUAAUGUAAUGUAUCCUAGCUGUGACUAUAAGCCAAGCUAUCAAGUUGACUUCAAAGUAGCAAGAUAUGAAGGUGUUUAUCUUAUUCAUGAAACAUCAGUUUAUCCAGACGAUAUGACGCACUUGAAGCAUGUUGAGUAUUUUAAACCAUGUUUUGAAAUGAGGCAAAUGGAUUCUCAUGGAGUACUUUUGCCUGGCGUUGAGGAGUUGAACCAGAAUAAUGAGAAUGAUGAUGACUUAACACGACAGACUCAAAUCACUGGUAGGACGGCUGGUAAUAUCGCUUCAGUUAAUUACACUGAUCUACAUCGUACUCAUUUUGGGCUUGAAUCAAAUUUUUCUCAAAGAAAAAAAAUUUAUAAAAGAAAGAUAUUAGAAUAUACGGGAGAAAAUGAUCGCAUAGUUCAUAAAUAUGAACGUAUACAAGAUGAACGGAAAAAUACGUCACGUUACCGAUCACAAGGAGCAGUGAUUGGUUACAGGAAUAACUUUAAAAAUUAUUCAGAUCAAGAUUUAAUGAAAACGUCAACAAAACCUGAAAGAAUAAGCCGCAUAAAAGAUCCCGUCAAAACGGCGGAUGGAUUUUCUUACGACAGGAAAAGAAAAGUAGCUAAACGUGAGAUAAAAAUGGUUGGAAACAAAUCUGUUAAAAACAUGACGAGGAACGACGUACACAGCUCAGAGGAUAGAGUGAUGAAGUUUGUAAAAGAUGCCGUCAAAACUGGUAAAAGUUUUGUUUUGGAAAACAAAAAUUUUGAAGCGAAAAAUAUAAACAAAAUUAAAUCUGUGAAUACAAAGACAGUUAUUCCAGUUAAUUCAGAAAGCAAAACAGUUAACAAAUCUGCAGGAAAUGAAGACACCUUGAAUCCCAGUGAAAGCUGGGAGACUUUGAAAAAAAGAUUACAAAAACGUAAAGUUAUGAGAGAAGCUGACAAAAAUGCAGAUUCAGUUAAAAGAAAUGCUCUGGGUCAGGAGGAUAUAAAUAAUAAGGUUCUAAAAAAGACAGGGGUUUACUUAAAAAAGACAGUACAAAACAAAAAAAGACAUUAUAAUUCUUCAAUUUCUAACAAAAAACCUAAAUUUUGGCAUCGAAAACACCAAAAAACAAGAGCAACGAACAAUGUUUUUGUCGAAGACUCGUCGCCAUUUUUCCCGACUUUUAAGAGACUUAAAGAGACCGGUCAAUGGUCCGAGAUUCAGAAAUAUGCUCAACGGAAAGGCUUGUUACUUACAAAAAAAACUUGGAUGUAUGUGACUUGGAAAUUUCUACGAUACGAAAAGCCGAAAAAACCACACGAUAAGCUUACCGAGUUUAUUUAUAAACAGAAUCCAACCAAGUGUCGUACUGAUGGAAAUAUAUUACUGAAUCAACAAGUCGCAGAAAGUGUUAUCAACAAAUAUAUGAAAGAUUUGCGCAACAAAUUUGGAAGUGAGUUGUUUCUAAAACGUAUCAUUAAUGUUGAAGAAAACCAUGACGUCAUUCAAGGAGAUAGAUAUCUUAUCGAACUAGAACUGGGACUCAAUGCUAAAGGUAAAACGAUUCGUGUGUCUGACUAUGUAUAUCUACCACUUGGUGCCAAUUCCUUCUGUUCACCUCGGGAGUUUGUCUGGAGAAGAAAUGUCACUGUACAUGUUAUUGUUCCUGUGAAAAACCAAGGAAAGUGGGUGCAACAUUUAAUUGAUGAUAUGACGGAGCUUUACGAAAGAACACAUGAUGCCAAUAUCAACUUGAUAAUUGUUGAUUUUAACAGCAGUGAUAUAAAUAUAAAACAGGCAUUAAAACAAAGUUCCCUGAAGAGAUAUAGGUUUUUACAGGUCCAAGGUUCAUUUCAACGAGCAUUAGGAAUUCAAAUAGGAGCUGACGCAGUUAUGAAUUCAGAUGAUAUCAUCUUUACUUGUGACCUACAUUUGGACUUUCCUAAUAAUAUUAUUGAAAUUAUACGUAAGCAUUGUAUUCAGGGUAGAAUGGCGUUUUCACCUGUAGUAUUGAGACUUGAAUGUGGUUUCACACCAUUUUUGCCUUAUGGCGAAUGGGAAACAAUGGGAUAUGGUUUGUUUGCAAUGUACAAGUCCGACUUUGAUCGAAUUGGCGGAAUGAAUAUCAACGAGUUUAAAACAAAGUGGGGAGGAGAGGAUUGGGAGAUGGUUGACAGAUGUCUUCAGAAUGGGAUCGAAAUCGAGAGGUUUCGUGUACCGCAUUUCUUCCACUAUUUUCACAGCAAGCAGGGUAUGUGGGGUAGCUAUGGAUUCGAGGACAAUGUUUCAGGAAGUAGAGGGGAUAGCAUCGCGGAAGAUGGAUUGGUUCAGGUCUACGAUCUUAACAGGGACAAUGUUUUGAAAUAUAGGUAUAAUCAGCCCCUAAUGCCGGAGUAUUGAUCCAUCCAGCUUAGAGGCAACGUUCAUUCCCCUUGUGAUCUCUAAUCUACCACGAUGAAGCAACGAUGUUUGAAACCGCAAAAUCUGUCAAAAAAAAUCUAUGGCUCUGUAAGCACGCUUUAUACAUUCUCCAACUAUAAACUCUUUUAUCAAAUAAUUGAAAAUCGAGCAUUACCAAUGCGUCUGUGAAAUGAAACUUUAACAACUCUGCCCGUAUAUUUAUCGAACAGUACUAUAAGCACUUCAAAUGGACGAAACAGCUGAACUAGUGUCACAAUUUAUGUGGAUAUAACCUUAAUGGUAAUUGUUCUCACACCAUUGGUCUUCACCGGUAGAGAAUCAUAAAUACAGAAUGUAGAU